GAGCGCGUUCACAGUUUGGCGGCCUCCCAUUCGCCUAAGCCAACCGGCGGAGGCGGGCGGUUCUAAAGCAAAAGACUCCCGAGCCGCCGAACGAACAUGCCAGGGACUCCCUUUGGGUAAAAUAGGGCAGUCUGAAGCGCCACUCUCCUAUGGGGAUUCAUGUCACAACGAGCGCGGCUCCACCAUGAACUCCAUAGUCAUCCUGUCCGUUAUUCUGUGCCUGAAGGCCGCGGCACUGGACGUCGUCCCUGAGCCUGAACUUGACCUGACAGGCGAGUUGGCCGGGACCCUGGCUUUCUACCAGACGGAGGGAAACCAGACGUACCUGCGCAGCAAUGGAGAGCUGGCCAGUGACCUCCCCACCGAGGCGGUCUUUGAGUUGCAGGACCCUCAGAAUCACUUCCGUCAAGCAUCCUUCACUUACACCUGGGACCUGAGAGAUGGAACGCCCAUUCAGACCAGCGAGCCCCGCAUUGCCAUGAACUUCACGCUUCCUGGCAGCUACUCCCUCAGCGUGGACGUGGUGGCCUACUGGGAGCAUAGCAGCCAUGGAUGGGCCUUUCCUACCCAAAGCAACACAUUCAAGGCAGACCUGACAGUGCUGGAUGCAGUAAGAAGCAUUGAGGUCAGCGGUCCAAGCAGCAUCCUCGUGGACCAGAGUGUAGCACUCACCCUGGCGGUCAAUGGCAGUCCUCCAAUGACCGUCUGUUGGUCCAUUACAUCCGACUGCCAAGUGGCGUCCCUCAAGCACUGCCAUGUGCUGAAGAUGAAUGGUAAGCGGUGCAUCCUGAACUACACGUUCCCCAACUCCGGCCAUUACUGUCUGGGGGUCAAAGUCAAGAAUGACAUCAGCGCCAUGCAGGCUUUCCAGGACCUGACCGUGCAGCAGGACGUCACACACUUGUUCCUGUUCAUCCUCCCCUGUGCUGCGCUCCUGCUGGUGACCAUCGGGUUUAUCGGGUUCUCGGCUUUCAGGCAGCCCACACCACAGAUGAAGAGUCUGCUGGAGGUCACCGAUUUUCAUUUUUCCAGCCCCUCCAGCAAGAACCUCUCUGGGGAUCAUCCAUUGGAGGUCACCAAGAUGGGGCCGUGCUGUGCAGGCUGCUCUCCGCACUCGGCGACUGAAGGGGGCACCGAGGGCUCUCCUCUGCUCCCCAGCGGCUCUCCGUCUGUCCGCUCCUACCUGGCCUAGUGGAGGGCCGCGUUUGGAAAUAUUAGGGUGAUGGUGGUGGUCUCCCCUUUAUUGUUAUUGUUAUUUUUUUUUUUUUUUUGGUCCUUGCCAAAUGGAACUGUUCCAGCCAGCCAAGUGAAGCACUAAGGAUGUGACUUUGAGGCCUACCAGGAGGACAAGGGGUACAUCUGCCACCGUCAAUAGUGCCCACUCCACAUUUUGUCCUGUAGUUUUGAAGUUCUUGGCUUCCCCUUAACACUCGGCUUCAUCUUUAGUCCAUUUGCCAUACUUGAGUGUUCCUCUGCUCCCAUUCACUGCGGGCUUUUGCACUUGAACCCUUAGCACUUCCUCACUGUACGUUUAUCCCUCCUCUCUGUCUGAGCAGCAGCUUCAGUUCAUCCCUCUGAUCUCGUGCCCUCCAUACUUGUUGCACUAGAACUCUAACUUGCUCCCCCCCCUCCCUCUUUGUAACAUGGCCCCCCCAAUCACCUUUUUCUCGUAGUUAAACUUCAAUUCCCUUACCUUCUGAACCUCCACCCCCCCUUCUUCUAAUCCCACCCCUCCACCUCCUUGUCCUCUGCUCCUUGCACUUGAUUGGAUAGCCAUGCCCCAUACCUGGGACCACCGUCCGCUCUCUCUCCUUUCAGACAACACCCCAACAUACUCACACAGGGGUCCCCCAGACUACUGGGGCUCACCUUCAGCUUUGUCUCUCAGAACCCCCCCCCCCCCCCAAAUAGCUGGGCUCUGCUAAGCUCCACACUCCCCUUUGACAGAACCCCAUAAGGGGAAUUGCAUUCAGCACUCCCAAUAUUAGACAUAGCCCCCCCCCGACACUCCUGUUGCCUUAGUCCCCCCCCCUCAUCUUAAAUGGCUUCUCAGUUCUGUCCCCCAAUACAUGUCCCCCUACUACAGUAUGUUCCUGGCCCCUCUUGUGGUCUUCAGUUCUUAUAGAGAGCCCAAAAACAGCCCCCCCCCCCCCUGGUUACUCCCCAUUUUAGGAAAGUCCAACUAUGGGCUGGGCUGUCUGAGCUCCCCACCCCUCUUAGGCAGGCCCCCUCAAACUAAUCCCCCUACUCUUUCUCUUCUUGGAUAACCCCCCCCCCUUUUCCUGACCAUU